AUGUCGAACAAAGAAGGAUCGGUUACUCUUCAAUACCCAAUGUUGUCUAAGACGAAUCACGCAACAUGGUCUAUUAAGAUGAAGAUUUAUAUGCAAGCCCAAGAGGUGUGGAAAGCUAUCGAGCCGAAGAACCCACAAAAUCUGGUGGGCGUGAAGAGAGACAAGAUGGCAAUGGAUGCCAUCUACCAAGCAUUUCUAGAUGAGGUUCUAUUGACGAUUGCAGAGAAGCAAACGACAAAGGAAGCUUGGGAAACACUCAAGACGAUGUACUUGGGAGCAGAUCAAGUCAAAACAGCCAAAGUUCAAACUCUCAAAGCCGAAUUUGAGAUGAUGAACAUGAGUGAAUCAAAGAGUGUGGACGAUUUUUCUGCAAAAAUUGGAGGGAUUGUGAGUAAUAUUGUAACAACCCGAAAUAUUUGGAUCAAGGAAGGUCUAAAUUGCAACCCUAUGCCAAUGAAAACCUUGAAAACCAUUAGAGCACAAGUGCAUGUAUAUGAAAGUGUACACUUUGGAAGCCACAUACAAAGUAAUCUCUUGAAAGUAAGCAAAGACCACUACUACAAUGUCGUAGUGGCCAACAGAUGGGUUGAAGACGAGCCAGAAGAGGUUCAAGAGGAAAACCCAGAAGCAGGUCCCGAAGAACACCAGAUAGCGGACUACGAGGGGGAUAAUUUCGAUGAAGAGUCAGACAAGGAUGAAGGCACCAGAGGGAUCCUUAGCGACCCUCACUUUUCGGGAGCAACAUCGAACCAACACACAGUGCAAGAGGACCCUACCAACCGCCUACACUCUUUAGAAGAGGAAGUGACCACCCUAAAGCAUCAUCUCCUUGCAGCCGAAGCUAGGGCAGUUCAAGCAGAUCAGAGGGUAGAUGAGACCACUCAUGAAAUGAGUGAAAUAGUCGAGCUCCUUGUGCGUUAUUUCGACAUAUGA